UGAUGUUUGGAUCGAUCCUUUACCCAAUCCCCGAUUUCUCUUUUUAGCUCUCCAAACCCUCCGCUAUUACUCCUCUUCUCCGGCGCCGGGGAUCGUUAGCCGCCGGCGGGAGCCAAUCCUAGGGUUCCGAUUUCGCCCCCUUAGUCUUCUCUCUUAUCUGUGCGUCUGGGCUGAUCGAUUUCGAUGAAAGGAUCGUCACAGGACCUCUCGGUAUACGACUUCGAUGAGGAGGAGGCGGCUGUGGAAGCGGCCUCCGGGAAACUCAUGCGACGUUUCGUCUCCAAGCUUCCAAGUAAGAACGACGACGCCAUCAACAAGUAUGCCUUCCUCCAGGCCUUUACAUCUGGCAUGAACAAUGAGCAGAAGGAUGUGACUGAUAUAAUGUGCAUGGAUCUGCAUGAUAGAGAUAAUGCCGGUACCUCAUUUGCCAUAGAUACGCCAGAAAGGAAUCCUGCUUCAACAGAGGAGAUUUCUGGGAUGGAUGCUAUUGUGGCAUCCUCCUCCAGCCAUGAUAACCAUAACCAUGCAUGCGUAGAUGAAUAUGAACAAGGAAGCUUAUUAGGUGCGGAUUCCCUGGUAGUGAGGGACAGUCUUGCAGAAAUAUCAGCAGAAAACAAACUGCUUGUUGAGAGGAAAGCAGUAGAUCUGACUUCUGAUGAUGAAGAUGAAAGCUGGACGUCAUCCAGAUCCCCUUCAACUCCUUCCUCAGAUCUUGAAGAGAAUAGAGGUGAUUUAAACUGCUUUGCUUCUUAUAGUUGUUGCCCCACAUUUGAAGACAUGGAGAAUGUUGAAUCAGCAGUAACUGUUUUCGCCGAUUAUCUCAUAUAUGAGAACAUGUCCUAUGGAGAAUCUCAGAUAACCUUCUUUUCAGAUUGUAUAAAGUUCGAAUGUUAUGAUGCAAGAGCAAGUGAUGAAAAAGUUGUUCUAAAAUGGGAAAUUACAGAUGUAAUUCAUAUCACCUGCCAGUGGAGCAGAAGUGUUGAUGCUGUUCUUAUCAAGUUUCAGCUCGGUGCAACAGUGCCUGACACUGAGAAAAUGCAUGCUGCACCUGAUGUGACGGAAUUAACAAUUUCUGUCGUUGAUUCUUACUGGCCGGACAAGGAGCAAAAGAUAAUGUCUCUCUCAGCAAGUUACCAAGAUGUAUGGAAUGCUCUUCCUGGUGAUGGUUUGCCUUGGGAUGAUGAGGCCAUUGGGCGAAAUAUGUGUCUCUCAAAGGAUUACUUUGAAGAAAUUGCAGAGCCAUUUGAAGAUGUUGUAUAUCCCAAAGGAGAUCCAGAUGCUGUCUCCAUAAGUAAGAGAGAUAUUGAGCUAUUGCAACCGGAUACUUUCAUCAAUGAUACUAUUAUUGACUUCUACAUCAAAUACUUGAAGAACAAUAUUGAACCUACUGAGAAGCAUAGGUUCCACUUCUUCAACAGUUUUUUCUUUCGUAAGCUAGCAGAUCUUGACAAGAAUCCUGGAUGUAAUUCAGAAGGCAGGGCAGCUUUUCUUCGUGUUCGUAAAUGGACGCGAAAAGUGAAUAUUUUUGAGAAGGACUACAUUUUCAUCCCUGUUAACUUCAACCUUCACUGGAGUUUGCUUGUAAUUUGCCACCCAGGGGAAGUUACCAACUUGAAAGAUGUUGACACGAAGGAAUCUUCUAAAAUCCCCUGUAUAUUGCAUAUGGAUUCCAUCAAGGGAAGUCAUAGUGGCCUCAAGAAUAUCAUUCAGAGUUAUCUGUGUGAGGAAUGGAAGGAAAAACAUCCAGAGUCUUCAGAAGAUGAUGCUUCAAAAUUAUCAAACCUAAGAUUUGUCUCUUUAGAGUUACCACAGCAAGAGAAUUCAUUUGAUUGCGGUCUCUUUUUGCUUCACUAUGUGGAAUUGUUUUUGAAGGAAGCCCCAGUUGAUUUCAGCCCAUUCAAGAUGGUCAAAAAACAUUCUAACUUUCUCAAUGUUGAUUGGUUUUUGUCCGCUGAGGCUUCUCUUAAGCGCUCUUUCAUCCGGAAAUUGAUUUAUGAACUUUUGAAGGAGUCCUCUCAUGAAGAAACUCCAGGUGCUUAUGGUAGUAAUCAUCAUCCAGUGGAAACUGAAGACAAUGGUAUUGAUCAGGAACCUGCAAAAUUUAUUUCAGAGCAGUGUAAGAGUGCACAUACAGGAAGAGUAGCAGCAUUUUCGACAGAGUGUUCUGAUCAUGCUCCUGAGCUGACUGUGACCCUCCAGAAGUCUGAAUGCACAAUCUCCCCUAUUGUGGAAAAUGUGAAUGCGAAUGUUCAAUCUGUUUCCCAAGUCAUGGGCACAGACUUCUCAAGCCCAAAUAGUGAAGAUCUGGCCACCCAAAUUUGUACAACAUCAUGCUCCAUGAGAGAUGUUGAAGUGCAUGAGACAUCCUGGAAUUCUCUGCCAGAAAGAAAUGAACCGGUGCAGGAGCAUAAUGUCGCAUCUGAUCAGCAAGUAGUGGAGAACCUUGGGCAUAGUUCACCAGAGAAUGACAGCUAUGCCCCAGACAGCCGCACUUCUACCUCCAGCUAUAAGCCAGAGAGUUCAGUUGAAGACUCACAAUGCAUCAAUGGUUCUGUGGCCGAUGAAGGGGAAAGCAACUGUGAAGGCAGUCAGGAAGCAGAAAUCACCGGUAAUGAUGCCCAGGGUCAUGAAGAUCAGCAAGGAAUUGAAACUGAAACUGAAAUAGUAGUCAGAAGCUGUGAUGGAUCUGAGUCUGAUGGCAGCAAGGGUAACAAGACAGAUAACACCAAGGAAGAGGACAGGAAUGCUGAAAAUUGCCCUGAGGUUAACACUAUCAAUAAUACUGAAUCAGGUGGUGAUUGUGAUGGUCCUCCAUCUCAUCAAGACAACCUCAUUGUAUCGUCAUCGUGUCAAUACAUCGAAGUCCCUGGUGAUGAUAGUUCUCAAGACGAAGAUGGUGCGGCAGCUAGCAAGAAGAGAGAUGAAUCCGGGACAGAAGCUGAUCAGCAGCCAAACAAACGUCAAAAGGUUAUUCAUCCUGCAGGUCGAAGACGGACCCGAAGUUUCACAAGAGAUCAUGAGCCCUGAUGCUCUUCCAGCAAUCUCAAGGUUUAAGCUGCUUUUGUAUAAUGUAUAGGUAUAUAUAUAUAUUAUAUCUUUUGAUAAUUUGGAUAUAAUUGGGUUGGUUUGUGCUUAGUAUACUAGUUGUUAUGUGGUGUAUGUUAUAUUGGUAUUGAGAUGGUUUAUUCUUAGAAAAAAAAUUUUAAUUCCCUUUCUUUU